AGUGUUAGUCUUUAGUCUUUAGUCCAUGGUUGAGGGGCGUUUUGCUUGAGGAGCUGUCAAUGUUCUGUCAACCAAUAAUUUUUUUACAAUUGUUCAUUCUUUCACACUAUUGAGGUACUUGCAAUUGAGAUUGUAUACUUGAUCUCUUGCGUUACGAAUUUGUAAAGUAAUUCAAAAUGACAGAUUCAAAGUAUUUUACCACGACAAAAAAGGGUGAAAUAUUUGAACUUAAGUCAGAAUUAAAUAAUGAGAAGAAGGAGAAAAAGAAGGAAGCUGUGAAAAAGGUGAUCGCUUCCAUGACCGUGGGCAAAGAUGUAUCAGCGCUUUUCCCGGAUGUAGUCAACUGUAUGCAGACAGACAAUUUGGAACUGAAGAAGCUGGUGUAUUUGUACCUGAUGAAUUAUGCCAAAAGUCAACCAGACAUGGCCAUCAUGGCUGUCAACACAUUCGUCAAGGAGCAAGCGACAUCUCCGAUGAUAAAGGAUUGCGAGGACCCAAAUCCACUGAUUCGCGCGUUAGCAGUUCGCACAAUGGGAUGUAUACGCGUGGACAAGAUUACAGAGUACCUCUGUGAGCCACUGCGAAAAUGCCUGAAGGAUGAGGAUCCAUAUGUCCGUAAGACCGCAGCUGUAUGCGUGGCCAAGCUUUAUGAUAUUAAUGCAGCUUUAGUCGAGGAUCAAGGGUUUUUGGAUCAGUUAAAAGAUCUUCUCUCGGACAGCAAUCCCAUGGUUGUUGCAAACGCAGUAGCUGCUCUUUCCGAGAUCAAUGAAGCAAGUCCAAGCGGUCAGCCUUUAGUUGAAAUGAAUGCGCAGACCAUUAACAAAUUAUUGACAGCUCUCAACGAAUGUACAGAAUGGGGACAAGUUUUCAUUUUGGAUUCGCUAGCAAAUUAUUCACCAAAAGAUGAGCGAGAAGCGCAAAGUAUCUGCGAACGAAUCACUCCACGUUUAGCUCAUGCUAAUGCUGCAGUUGUUCUAUCCGCUGUUAAGGUAUUAAUGAAAUUAAUGGAAAUGCUACAAUCAGAAUCCGACUUUGUUGGCACUUUAACUAAGAAAUUAGCGCCACCACUUGUAACGUUACUUAGCUCUGAACCGGAAGUUCAAUACGUAGCAUUAAGAAAUAUAAAUCUUAUUGUACAAAAACGGCCAGACAUUUUGAAGCACGAGAUGAAGGUUUUCUUUGUCAAAUACAACGAUCCAAUUUACGUGAAACUUGAGAAGUUGGACAUCAUGAUUCGCUUAGCAUCUCAAGCUAACAUAGCCCAGGUUUUAUCUGAAUUGAAGGAGUAUGCUACCGAAGUUGACGUAGACUUUGUACGUAAAGCUGUAAGGGCUAUCGGUCGUUGCGCGAUCAAGGUUGAACCUUCUGCUGAACGAUGCGUCGCAACGCUGCUCGAUUUAAUUCAGACGAAAGUAAAUUAUGUCGUGCAAGAAGCAAUUGUUGUUAUAAAAGACAUUUUCCGAAAAUACCCAAAUAAAUAUGAAAGCAUCAUAUCGACACUUUGCGAAAAUUUGGACACGUUAGAUGAACCAGAAGCACGUGCUUCUAUGAUAUGGAUCAUUGGGGAAUACGCAGAUCGAAUCGACAACGCAGAUGAACUUCUUGAUAGCUUCUUGGAAGGAUUUCACGACGAGAAUACGCAAGUACAGUUGCAAUUACUUACAGCGAUUGUUAAACUGUUCCUUAAGAAACCUACGGGCACCCAAGAAUUGGUUCAACAAGUUCUUAGUUUAGCGACACAAGAUUCUGAUAAUCCAGAUUUGAGAGACAGAGGAUUUAUCUACUGGCGGUUACUCAGUACUGAUCCAGCAGCUGCCAAGGAAGUUGUGCUUGCUGAGAAACCACUAAUCUCGGAAGAAACAGAUCUGUUAGAACCAACAUUAUUAGACGAGUUAAUAUGCCAUAUUUCAAGCUUAGCAUCGGUGUAUCAUAAACCACCUACUGCCUUUGUUGAGGGUAGAUCGGCUGGUGCUAGAAAAUCAUUACCAGCUAGAAGCAAUUCGAACGAAGAUUCAGGACAACACGCAGCACAGCUUCAUGCUCAAGUUAUUCCUGCUCAGGAUUCUUUAAUAGGUGACCUGCUCAGUAUGGAUAUUGGUGGACCAUCCAUGGUUAGCUCAACGCCAACUCCUCAAGCAGGUUUGGACUUAUUAGGAGGCGUUCUGGAUGGAAUUUUGGGUGCUACCGAAACGACAAAUAAUGCCCCAGUAGUGUCACAAAGUACAACCGGGCUUCUCGGUGACAUAUUUGGUUUUAAUCAAGGACCUACUUCCUACAUACUACCUAAAGUUAAUUGGUUACCCGCAGAAAAAGGCAAAGGACUCGACAUAUGGGGAACAUUCUCAAGAAAGAACGGGCAGAUUAGCAUGGAUAUGACAUUUACGAAUAAAGCAAUGCAACCAAUGGGAGGUUUUGCAAUACAAUUGAAUAAAAAUAGUUUCGGUUUAACACCUGCUGCACCGCUUCAAGUACCGAGUCCUUUAAAUCCUGGUGCCAGCGUAGAUACUAAUAUAAUCUUAUCUACAGCCGGUGCAGUGCAACGCAUGGAACCAUUGAAUAAUCUUCAAGUUGCAAUAAAGAAUAACAUCGAUAUAUUUUAUUUUGCUUGUAUUGUACCUAUGAAUGCAUAUUUCACGGAAGAUGGACAAUUGGAUAAAAGAGUGUUUCUUAGUACAUGGAAAGAUAUACCUGCCCAAAAUGAGGUUCAGUACACAUUAAAGGGGGUAAUGUUGACGGCAGAUCAAGUUGUCCAAAAAAUGCAACAGAAUAACGUAUUUACAAUAGCCAAGAGAAACGUAGAAGGUCAAGAUAUGUUGUACCAAUCGCUUAAAUUGACAAACAAUGUUUGGGUAUUAAAUGAAUUGAAAAUUCAGCCGGGAAAUCCUGAUGUUACUUUAUCUCUGAAAUCACGUUCCGUGGAAGUCGCAGCAGGCAUAUUCCAAGCAUAUAAUGCAAUUUUGCAUGCAUAAGUAGCAAAUCAAGUCGUUUAAAAUUAAAUUUAUUCAAAUUAUCACAUUCCCCAAUCAUAAUGUCCGAUAAUUUGUUUAACGUAAAAUUAUGUAUUGUGGAUAUUAUUUAUCUCAUUGAAAGUUACCCAAACCAUUUGUUUAUAUAUUAUCAUAAACAGACAAAUUUAAGAGAUAUUGUUAAAUUUAUCAUAGAGAACCUGAAUGUAAAAUUGAAAUAAAGACAAAAUACGUUGAUGUUAUUUGUA